AUGGCUUACUCUAUUCAAUAAAUGCAAUACUAUAAUUAGAAUUAAAAUUGUAUUACUUCGAGUAUUAUUUAAAAAAAAUUUAAGCCUUUGCAUGAGCCGAUUGUGGAGGUUCAAUCUAAAGAUGAAUUUUCCAUAAACGCAGAUAUAUUAUCAUCAUAAUAAAUGAAUUAUUCAUUAAGUAAGUAGUUAUUGUAUUUCGAUAAAAAGAAUAAGUAAGGCUCAGCAGUGGAUAUUAUAAAGGCAAAUGCACUACAUAAUUCAAUUGAAAUGUCUCAAAGACUGAUAGGUUCUUAAAUCUACCCUACAAAUAAUCUAUUAUAGGUUGAUGAUCAAUAUUUAAACACACCUAAAAAUAUAAUUAAUAGCAAUAAUCAAAUAAAUUAGCUAAAUAGCUAAAAUCUUAACAAUAACUAUUAAGUAGCAGGUGAUGUGAGUCUUUGCAUAGAUAAUAUGUCUAAUAACGGAAAUGAUUUUAAUGAAAAGACAUCUACUACGUAUGAUCCCAGCAAUCAUUUGGGUACAAAACCUACUACAUUAAGUUUUAUGAAUCAACAUAUAGUAGCUCCAGUAGCAUAUUCUAAUAAUUUUGGGUCAAAUGACCAAUUAGCAGGUAUAGAGUAAGAUGAACAAGCUUAAGAUGUUGUUGCUGAUAUAGAAAAAAAAAGUAUUGGAAAAAAAAGUGCCUUUUAGAACUCCAAUAAAAAAGAAAAACAAACAAAUUAAUAAGAAUUAAUAUUGAUGAAUUGUCCACAUUGUAAAAAUCACAUUACUUUAUUUUAGGACAAAGGUGAUAAUAUAAGUGAAAAUUAAAAUUGUCUAAAUAUUUUCCAUAAAAUAUUUUCUUUUUGCCAAUCAUGUUCUUGUAACCAAUAAAACUAAGUGUCUUAAAAGUACUAAUGCCCAGAGUGCUAAAAAGAUAUUUAAAUUAGUUGA